AAGGGUCGAUACAAACCUGAGAGUAUCGGCAGCAUCAGUUAUACAAGGAGCGCUGGGAUGCGAGCAAAACACCCACAUUCAUAUUCUGUUUCGACUCCUUCCACAAGGUUGACUGGGAUCACUGAUAGCACAUUACAGAAAAAAAACUUGGGGUAUCCGAGGAUCAGCCAACCACGGUGGCACGGACAGAUACUGCCACGCUGUCACGGUGAAGAAGAACUUACUAGGAUAGACACGUACAGCGAGGCACAUGUACGGAUCCAAUCGCACCCUGGCAGAGAUCAUGGUCACUGCUCACCGUGGCAAUGCAUGAGUCACUGCUUAUACCCAACUGCUACUAGUACGGGGGCCCGCAAUACUCCGGCGGAAAUCCCAGAUUUCCAAGCUGCCGGUUCCUAGGCCUGAACGUUUGGAAGGAACCGGCACCACACAUCUAGCCUUCCUCUCUUCAUCAUGACGCGUUACAACGGUUACAUCGCUCGAUUCGCUGGCUCCUUUCACAAUACUGUCGCUCGCUCACGCAUUUUCAUCUCGCUACUCAAGUCCCUGCAAAGGUCCCUUCCUUACUAUUCCUAUUUUCUUUCCUGCCAUUCCUCGCGAAUUCUGCUGCCUUUCUUCACCGGCACUUUUCAUCCUGUCCGCUCCUGCACCUAUCCAACUACCCAUUCCUUCUCCGUGCUCAAGUCAUUUCGGAAGCCUAUUCAUCAUAGUGCCUGGCUCAAGCCUCCACGAAAGUCACCAACCCCCAUGCCCGAGGAUUUCGACCCUAAGUGUAAAGGAAUACGCUACGUCCAUCAUCUAACCUUCCUGCUUCACAUUCUCCUGACAAGCCUUCUUCCCCCCUUUACUCUCGGCAAUUGGGAACCAUUUAUGCCGUCACUUUGGCAGUUUUCAUCAUCAAACCCUAGGCCAUUCCCCCCGGAUCCCCUUACAAUCUUAGUUUUGUUUUCGUCCUGCAGACCAUAAACUGUUAUUCGUCUCUUCCAUUGCAAACUGUUGGCUCGCUGCCGCCAUUACCUAUCUUAUUUCCGUCAAGAGCUAUUGAAAUCCAUGUUUUCUCGUAUGGAAUAAACCUGCGAACCUUUCUGACAUGAAAA